AUGCACCCGGCGCUGCUUAUUGACGAAGUCAUUCGAAACGUCUUUGACAUUUGCUCUGAACAGGGCUUAUAUACCCUCUCGCGUGCAGCCCGGUGCUGUAAAGCGUGGAAAGAUCCAGCUCUAGACUUUAUCUGGGUUAGGCUUCCCUCAGCUGAGCCCCUCCUCCGCCUUCUACCCGCCGUUUCUUAUGUCAAUGGCGAAUACAUUCUUUCAGGAUCAAUAUCAUUAUCGGAGAUGGAAACUUUCAAUUCGUAUGCCAGUCGAGUUGUGCAUAUCGUACAUCGAAAUGGAGUCAAGAUUCACCCGAAUGUCGCUAGUCUGAUGCUGAAGGAUGGCAAACAUGAGAUUCCCUUCCGCAUUUGCGCUCUUCCCAACCUUCGCACAGCACGAGUGUCUUCUACGACCUCUCCUGCUCUUGUCGAAACACUUAUCUACUGUGAAAAGCUUCGCGAAUUAGAUCUCGACUUUGGUUUCAAGACAAAAUCACCCCUUUUGGACGAUCAUAUCUACGAGUGCCUCAAUGAUGUUAUCAGACGCUCUGUGGAUCUUCGCAAACUCCAUGUUCGAGGCUUGGCCUCAAGCCGCUUCCAUGCCCUGGUUUCUUCAAUGUCAAGAUUGGAAGCUCUCUCUUUGCGCUUAGGCAAAUCCUUGAUGCCCGAAACCAUCAAAACCGUCAUGUCAUUUCCGAAUCUUCAAGGACUUGAGAUCCACGCUCGACACCUCGUACGAGACGACCUAGAUAAUGUUUUUCACACAGGAACCGUUGACACUUUCCCGGCGUUGCGCAAACUAGACAUCAACGCCCAUAUACCCAUCAUAGAGUUCAUAUUGCAAAACAUUUCACCAGAUACCCUUCAGUAUAUUCGCUUAGAAGCCGAGGAUCCUGAACCAGGACCUUCCUGGGACGGCUGCUUCACUCUCAUAGCCCACAAGGCUUCCAACACCCUAGAAGAAAUAACCUUAGAGCAUCAUUUCGAAAUGCUAGAACAAGAUAUAGAGUCCAAUGGAGACCCCGCUACUUCAGCCUCGGAGAGUCAAAAGGAAAACCUGCCUUUCAGUACUCUGCGUUUACUUCGCGACCUUAGACAUGUCCGUCGAUUCACCCUCGACCUGACUCUGCCACCCGCAAUAUCCGACAAGGACGUUGAGGACUUGGUUUGUUGGUGGCCUAACAUCGAACAUCUUGAGCUAGGCUCCGCGCCGCAAGUACAACCAGUCCACCCACCGCCAACCUCACAGAUGACCAUUAGAUCUCUGGCCAGCUUUGCUCGCCACUCCAAGAAACUGAGAACACUUUCAUUGCCUUUAGACCCGCACAAAAGUGGACCAGAGGACAGCGCCGACGACCUCCCAAACCUCUGCUCUACUAACAACCUGCGAACCUUGAGGAUCGGUCACCCCUCCUUACCAGAUCCCGUGGAGAUGGCCAGUUAUUUCCACCGGUUGUUUCCCCAGCUGACAGAGGUGGUCGGGCCUUGUGAGCAAGACGAAGCAUGGAUCCACACUCGGGAAGCACUAGAAAGGCUGCGAGCCCCUUCAAUCGAGUGUUAACUUAUGCGCAAUCUUAUUUCCUUCAUAACUUUUAGACGACCCUUUACGUUCACUUCCAUACCUAUAGAGGCCUGACCACGUUUAGAUUUUUAGAUUUAGAAAAGCAUUUAGAACAGCUUUUAGAUGCCAUUUAGAUUGGAGCUUUAUACAUCGUUCAUAGAAUCAUAAAUACAGAAUGUCGUCGGUAUAUUCUAUCCU